AUGUCUUUGAAUACCAGAAGGUCCCAGGCAGAUAGCGAUGUAGAUUAUAUCAUAAAUGCUCUGCAAAGAGCUAAUUUCAAUGGCGGUGCUCAAGGAAUCUCAAGCAAUCUUCUGUACUAUUUGCCAAGAAUACGCAGAAUGUCGAAGCUGGAGAACCUCGUAGAGUCGGUAUUAGAAUCCAAACUGUGGUCAACGGCUCUUAAUGGUAACUUUUCGAUCCUGCAAGAGAUGACAGAGGCGAUCUUCUCUUGGAAGCUAGAGAUUUCCGAACCAGCAAUUAGUAUUAGUGAAUUUUACGAAGUUUGGGACGUCGCCAUAAAAAGGUGUCAAACGUGGACAAUUGCUCAACUGGCCAUUCUUUGUGGAGCAUUGUGCACUAAAUCAAAGUUCGAAAGUUUACAAUCGAAGUUUUUUCUAGAUGAUGGCGGCUUGGUCGCUCAAAAGUAUAUUAUGUGGAAAGAACGAAUAUUUAUUCCCGUGUGGCGGCAACUAUUUGUAAAGAGCUUGGACCACCCAGAGGAAGCUGAGCAGCUGGCGAUAUUUUUAACUCGAAUUUUUGAACCUAAUGAUUUGAAGCGCGUUCCGGCCGAUCCCUUAACAAAUGUUUUGAUGAAACUGUCGCUAUCUUACGUUAGAAACCCUCAAGUCAGCACACCAACCGUGUCAAAGAGCCUAAGCCAUAUUGCUAAGACGCUUGAGGUUGUAUUACCAAUUGUGGGGCCCCAAUUGGUAACGCAGGCUUUGGACUUGAUCUGUGUGAUAUGCUUCGAGCUGUCGCAAAAGGAGUUACUCGCGCCUCAGGCAAAUUAUUCCUCACAAGUACACUCGAAUCAGCUCCUAACUACGAUUCUAAUUUUCCGUGGCUGUAUAUCUCGUGGAAGAGUACCGCUUCAGUGGUAUCGCCAGGUUGCCAUUUCGCUUUUCUACCUCAACUACAUUGUGCAAGAUUUUGGAAAAGUGGGUUUCGAUUCAUACGAAUACAUUUACGACGUUUGCGCAACAGGAAUUAUGCAAGACUUCGCUCAGUAUAGUGGAUACCUUGAAGUUAUGCGAGGUAAUAUAUGGGAUUCGCAAAUAAACAACGCAGUAAACAGUAGCAGGAUACUUUACUUACUAAACUUCAUGGAAUCUACGUUGACUCAAAUUAAAGUAACGCCCGCUUUUCUAGAAAAUUUUAUCGUCCCGGUACUAUCGCACUUCGGAAAAUCCUCGAAUACAGCAAUCUGCGAGGCAGCGUACGCUGCACAUUUAUCGCUUUAUUCCAAUCACUUUUCUGGGAGGGCGCUUCAAGUUUGGAAAACAAGCCACUGUCGGGACUUUUUGAACGUGUCUACAACGCAAUAUCUUAACGGCAUUCUUUCAUCUACCCAACUAGUUCAUAUUUACUGUGCCAUCGCGGAGGAGCUUCCAACGUUGCGUCAGAUUAACAAUGACAUAUCUCGCGAAGUAAUGCAGUUCACAUACCUACGUGUCGUGAACUCUGGCGGUGAAUCACCACAGGUAGUUGCGACAUUGAUACAAUGUUUAAUUAAACAGUUGCCGCACAUCGGAGAGCAAUAUCUUGUGGAUUGGCUAGAAAACUGUGUGGAAUUAAUCCGUCUGUGUCCCUCAGAAAGAGACAGGAUUUUGGAUAGCAUAUGGGCGGAGGUCACGUCGGCGGGGAUAAGCAACCGCGGCUUGACAUGGUUCUUGAACAUGCAAUCAAAGCUUUGA